UAUUUGUAUAAUUGCUUUGACUUGCACAUUUCCUUCCAAACUAUUGAGAAUUAUCAAUACUCAAAAUUGUGAGUAGUUUGCAAUGUUGGGUCUUACGUUUGGUCCCUCAUUUCCCCUUUCUUGCUCUUAGUUUGUUCUACUUUGAGCAAUAGCGCCAAAUUUCGCUUUGUCUUUCCGAGCUUCCUCGCAAAAAUGGUUGCUGCGUUUCCUUAUCACUAAAGAACACUAAUUUGCUAACCAAUUUAUAGGCCAUAUAUUUUCACAAAUAUCAUAUUUUGGGGGAAAACAUGAAUUCUCUUGGAGACGUUGACAUUUUGAAUAAUGUGUCAGAUAAGAGCCAUGAAAGUACAGAGUUAAAGCGACGACGUUCCGAUAAAAUUUCAAACCUGAUGGGUCGGUAUCUUUUGAAAGGAUGGCGGAUGCUGAAUGUAUCUUGUCCUGAAUGCGAGACAAUCCUCUUUCAACAACCAAGUGGCCAGUAUUAUUGUGGUUCCUUAUUUGAACCACCUCAUAAAAAUGAAGAUGACUUGACCACACCUCAUAUACAGUCCUGUACAGGAGCAUCAAAGAAACCCGCCGAACAGUCAGAGUUACUUACAAAUAAACAAGCAUCAAUAGAAAAACACAAAGAAAACAAUUUGAUAUCUAAACUUCAUGGUAAAAUAAAUUGGUGUAUGUCACAAAUGGUAGAAGCUACUUCACCCACAGAGAUUCGACAAUGGACCGAUACAUUGAAAUCUUUGUUAGAUUUAUGGGAUAAAAUGUUCAAAUGUAGCAUUCUAAAAUCGUAA